AUGGAUAAGUAUGUCACAAGAUCGAAAAUUGGGUAUCCAAGUUCUAGCUCUACCAAUCCAUCUACUGCUUCAACCAUAGCUCCGAAAAUUCAAAAGAAAAUAUUUAUUUCAGAUGUUGAUUUAGAAUCUCUUGAAGCUGAUCCGGGAAUUAGAAAGCCCAUUGCAGAGUAUAAUCCUAAUAUACGUGAUGAUAUUAGGAGAUAUUAUAUUCUUAAAAAGCCUUGCCAACCUAAGGAUCAUAAAUUUCCUAAAACUAAGUUUGGGAAGGAAAUGCUGCAGUUCUUUCCUGAUUGGUUUAAGGAUCGUAAGUGGUUGGAGUAUAGCAUAACAAAAGAUGCUGCAUUCUGUUUGUGUUGCUACUUGUUUAAAAAUGAAUAUGAAAGUCGUGGAGAUGUGGUUGAUGCUACUUUUACGAAGACCGGCUUUAGAGCUUGGAACAAAGCUACAGAAAGAUUUAGAGCUCAUGUUGAAGAUGUAAAUAGCAUCCACAACAAGUGUUUCAACAAGAUGCUUGAUUUGAUGAAUCAAUCACAAUCAAUACGCACUUCAUUUGAUAAAAAAUCCAAGAAAGAAAAAAGUGAGUCUCGACGUUGCUUGAGUGCUUCAGUUGAUGUGACAAGAUUUCUCUUGAAAUUAGGAUUAUCAUUUCGUGGACAUGAUGAGAGUCGAUCUUCUUCAAAUAGAGGUAUUUUUCUUGAACUUUUGCAAUGGUAUGGAGAUAUUAAUAAAGAUGUUGGAAUCAUUAUUCUAGAAAAAGCUCAAAAAAAUGAAAUGAUGUGUUCUCCAAGUAUUCAAAAAGAUAUUGUUGAUUCUUGUGCUAAGGAAACAAUCAAAUCUAUUCUUGAAAAUUUAGAUGGGGAUUAUUUUGGGAUAUUAGUAGAUGAAUCAAAAGAUAUAUCACACAAGGAGCAAAUGGCACUUGUUUUGAGAUAUGUUAACAAAGAAGGAGAAGUGAUAGAACGAUUUGUUGGUAUUGUUCAUGUUAGUGAUACAUCUGCUUGUUCAUUAAAGGAAGCAAUCUACUCUUUUCUUUCAGAUCACUCAUUAAGUCCAUCCCAAAUACGUGGGCAAGGUUAUGAUGGAGCUAGCAAUACGCAAGGACAUCUAAAUGGUCUUAAAACUUUGAUUUUGAAUGAGACUCCAUCAGCAUAUUGCAUUCAUUGUUGUGCCCACCAAUUGCAGUUAACACUAGUGGCUCUUGCAAAGAAGGAUUCGAAUGUAGAUGAUUUUUUUUGCUUAGUUACUAAUGUGUUAAAUAUUGUUGGAGCAUCUUUUAAGCGCAGGGAUUUACUUCGGAAGCACCAAGCAGAACAGUUAGAGGAGUUGCUCAUAUCAGGAGAAGUGCAUACCGGGCGAGGAUUAAAUCAAGAACUUAUUCAUGUGCUUGAAUUUACUGGAUGCGAGUGUCCAAACUAUACUGAUAGACUUCUUGCUAAAACUCUUGUGGAUACGAUUAAGAAAUUUGAUUUUGCCUUUAUGCUGCACUUAAUGUGGAAAGUUCUUAUGAUGACAAAUGAUUUGAGCUCCUCAUUACAUAGGAUGGAUCAAGAUAUUGUCAAUGCUAUGGGAUUUCUAGCUCUUACAAAGCAAAGAUUACAAAAUAUGAGGGAUAAUGAAUUCGAAUCAUUAAUGGAUGAUGUCUCUUCUUUUUGUGAUAAACAUGAUAUAGUCAUUCCGGAGAUGAAUGCUAGCUACUUUCCUGGAAAGUCAAAGCGUAAAGUUCUUGAUGUUACAGAUUCUCAUCAUUUGCGUGUUGAAAUACUUUAUGUUGUUAUUGAUUUGCAUCUUCAAGAGCUUAAUAAUCGUUUUGAUGCUGUGAGUACUGACUUACUUCUCGAUAUGGCUAGUUUGAAUCCAGUUAAUUCAUUCGGUAGUUUUGAUAAAGGCAAGAUAAUGAGGUUCUUCAACUUGAAGGGAAUUAGUGAUCUUGCUAAAGUAUUGAUCAAGUCAGAUCUACAUCAAACUUGGCCACUUGUUUAUUUGCUUAUCAAGUUGACUCUCAUUCUUCCCGUUGCUACUGCUUCUGUGGAACGAGCUUUCUCAUCCAUGAAGUACAUUAAAAAUGAACUCCGUAAUAGUAUUGGUGAUGAAUUUUUGAAUGGUUGUUUAGUUUGCUAUGUAGAGCGUAAGAUAUUUGCAAAUGGUGAUAGUGACAACACCGACAAGAUUUUACAUCCUGAACUCGAAGAAAGUGAUAACAAAAAUAACACAACCGAGACAAAUGAAGCAAUAAAAGAAACUAGAAGGCCUGAAUAG